AUGGAAAAAGGGGCACCCCUACCUUCCUACUCUCCUGCACCCCUACUCUCCUGCACCCUUACACUCCUGCACCCCUACCUUCCUGCACCCCUACUCUCCUGCACCCUUACACUCCUGCACCCCUACCUUCCUACUCUCCUGCACCCCUACUCUCCUGCACCCUUACACUCCUGCACCACUACCUUCCUACACCCCUACUCUCCUGCACCCCUACUCUCCUGCACCCCUACACUCCUGCACCCCUACUCUCCUGCACCCUUACACUCCUGCACCCUUACACUCCUGCACCACUACCUUCCUACACCCCUACUCUCCUGCAUCCCUACCUUCCUACACCCCUACUCUCCUGCACCCUUACACUCCUGCACCCCUACCUUCCUGCACCCCUACUCUCCUGCACCCCUACCUUCCUACACCCCUACUCUCCUGCACCCCUACUCUCCUGCACCAUUACACUCCUGCACCCCUACCUUCCUACACCCCUACUCUCCUGCACCCCUACUAUCCUUUAACCCUUACACUCCUGCAUCCCUACCUUCCUGCACCCCUACUCUCAUGCACCCCUACUCUCCUGCACCCUUACACUCCUGCACCCCUACCUUCCUGCACCCCUACACUCCUGCACCCCGACUCUCCUGCACUCCUACCUUCCUGCACCCCUACUCUCCUGCACCCUUACACUCCUGCACCUCUACCUUCCUACAUCCCUUCUCUCCUGCACCCCUACUCUCCUUUAACCCUUAUACUCCUGCACCCUUACCUUCCUGCACCCCUACACUCCUGCACCCCUACCCUCCUGCACCCCUACCUUCCUGCACCCCUACUCUCCUGCACCCCUACACUCCUGCACCCCUACCUUCCUGCACCCCUUCUCUCCUGCACCCCGACUCUCUUGCACCCUUACACUCCUACACUCCUACCUUCCUGCACCCCUACACACCUAACUGUCCACUGCACUCCUCUGACCCUGGCCUUCUCACCCUCCCUAGCACCAGGCUCCACUCUAUGGGAGACCGGGCUUUUAGCAGUGCAGCUCCCCAAUUCCGGAACUCUCUCCCUCUCCAUGUCAGAACCUCACAAUCCAUACACAUAUUCAAGUCCACAAUAAAGAAACAACUCUUCACACAGGCUUAUCUGGAUUCUCUGUUGUCUUAG